UCAGUAAACCCUCUUUCCCUUUCUGAAAUGGAGUACCAUUCAGAUCGUCCUCCAGAUCCCGACCCGCCAGAUCUUUCGCCGGAUAUAAUGCUGACGGAUACUCCCCAGGAGACGCGAAAGCGCCCUAGGGAUGAUAUACAACCUUCUCAACAAGGUAUUAACCUUGUAAAUAUCUUUAAAUCUCCACCGUAAAGACAGCAAUUUACAUAGUGUGUACCUUAACACAAUCGUUUUUUGGCCGAAUUUGCUGUGUUAGUCACACACGGCAUACAGCCACAAACAAAGAUUGAUUGAACCUUAAAGCUAAUAAAUGAUAAUUUCACCGAUAGUCUGCUGAAUAAAGUGUUUAGCACUGCAUUGGGCUGUAUGAGUGUUACUGUUAGUGAGUGGACUGAUGGUCGGUGGAGCAGAAGAGUGGAGACCACGUACCGUUGUACGAAACCACACUAUAAGAUGGAGGAUGGCAUGGACAUAGAGGAACAUGAUCUGUUGAACAACCCUACUGUGAGGAGCGUGUUUCCAGAUCUUGCCGUUCUCAAACAAGAAAUAAUUGAUUUUGAUACAAAUGAAGGUGUAGCACCAGAAACAUUUACAACCCUGGAAGUACCAAAGAGAAAUAAAUACAAAUAUCAACUUCACAAUUUAACGGUCUACAGUGGGAAUCAUCCUACUGAGUGCUCCACUCAAGACCUGGAUGUGAAACCUGACCACCUGUGUACUGACAUGGAUGACACAAUAACUGUCAAGCGCAACAGUUUGACAGAAUUUCAUGAAGUUGAAACUGAAAUCAAGAAGGAAUCAGAGAAUGUUGUACCAAAUGAAUUGCCAUUUUACAGAAACAGAAUUAUACUUGGCAAGAUACAAGUAGAUCAGUCUGACGAAGAACGAGAAACUGAUGCACCAGGUGACUGUAAUAAUGUUGUUAACAACAAAACAAACAAUGAUCAAGAUUUGGCAGUGUCAAUAUACACUGAUGAAAAUAGAAGCACGAGGAUAACUAAACAGAAUUAUGAAAAAAAGGAAAAAUGUUUGCGAGCGAAAAUUAUUUUAACAAACUGUUAUACAACUCUAUUGAACAACAACUGUUACUGUGCUCAGUGUGCAGUGUUGUUCCCUACCACUGAAGCGUAUAGUGAACAUUACACGAGCACACACACCGAGACCACUCACUCAAAUAAAGCCUCGGCUUCUCUUGUGAAACGUAAACAAAUCAUAUACCCACGUGAGAAAGCAUUUGUGUGUGACACCUGCAUGAAAACAUUCAGCAAAAAAACCAGCUUGAUAAAGCACAUUUUAAUUCACACUGGCGAAAAGCCAUUCGAGAGUGACUUUUGCAAGAAAACAUCGAGGCAUCGGUCUGCAAUGAAAAGACACAAGUUACUUCACACUGGGGAAAUAUCUUUCGAGUGUGACAUUUGCACGAAAAUAUUCAGGCACCGGUCUUCUUUGAAAACACACAAGUUACUUCACGCUGGCGAAGAGCCAUUCCAGUGUGACAUUUGCACGAAAACAUUUAGACAAAUAAGUCAUUUGAAGAACCACAAGUUACAUCACACUGGAGAGAAACCUUUCCAGUGUGAAACCUGCAAGAAAACAUUCAAAUAUGUAUCAGUUUUAAAACAACACAAGUUAACUCACACUGGCGAAAAGCCAUUCGAGUGUGACAUUUGCAACAAAACAUUUAACCAAAUAAGAAAUUUAAAGAAACACAAGUUACUUCACACUGGCGAAAAGCCAUACAAGUGUGACAUUUGCACGAAAUCAUUCUACCUAAGACAUCAUUUGCAGCGCCACAAGUUAGUUCACACUGGCGAAAAGGCGUUCCAGUGUGACAUUUGCACGAAAUCAUUUAGCCAAAUAUGUCAUUUGAAGAGCCACAAGUUAGUUCACAGUGGCGAAACGCCAUUCCAGUGUGAAAUUUGCAUGAAACCAUUUAACCAAAUAAGUAAUUUGAAGAGCCACAAGUUAGUUCACAGUGGCGAAAAGCCAUACAAGUGCGGUAAUUGCAAAAAAUCGUUUCGGCAUUUUAGUACUUUGACAGAGCACGAAUUGAUCCACACGGGAGAAAAGCCGUUCCAGUGUGACAUUUGCAAGAAAACAUUUAGGCAUCGGGGCUCAUGGAAAAACCAUAAGUUAAUUCACACUGGCGAAAAGCCAUUCCAGUGUGACAUUUGCACGAAAUCAUUUAACUAUAGAAGUAAUCAUAACAGGCACAUGUUAGUUCACACUGCAGCACAGCCAUAUGAUUCUGAUGCGUCGGAAAAAAUGAGAAAUCCGGGAAACAUGAGGAAACAUAGUACAUGACACGGCGUGAAACAGCGGGAUGUCAGUGAGUGUCAGUGGGGCGCGCUGCGGGCGAGGGCUCGGCCUCCGCCUGUCCCCUCACUGCAGGCAGCGCCGGCGACGCACAGGCCGCGUUGUCGACACGCUCUCCUACACCCACAUACAAGCGACUCCACCUACACUAACCACCUCAGUUGCAAUUCUGACAUCGGCGCGGACGGUCGCUUUCUAGCGGCGCCGUCUGUAGCCGUCACGUGUGACUCACUACUGAGUAACCCGGCUGCUCAAGGACAGCGUCCUGUUGUACACCGAGAUGCCUGAAAUCCCGGCUCAAUUGGAAGCCACGGAACAGUAUAAAAUGUAAUUAAAUCGGUGGAUUAAUACAACUUUUUGGUUCUUUAUUAUU